AAGUGCACUGUCCCCGGAUGCAACACGAAAAAGCAAAGCCGCGGCAGGUGCAUGCGGCACGGCGGUGGCAGGCGCUGCAUCGCCUUCGGCUGCACCAACGGAGCGCAGACGAAAGGCUUGUGCAAGCGUCACGGCGGCGGAGCGCGCUGCAGAGUGCCCAACUGCAGCAAAAGCAGUCAAAGUGGAGGCUUGUGCCGAACCCACGGAGGUGGCAAGCUUUGCAUCGCCCCUGGCUGCAAGAAGGGCGCCCAACGCCAUGGAAAGUGUGCCAUGCAUUCCUCUCGCAAGUGUUCCAUCGACGGAUGCUCCAGCGUCGAGCGUUGUGGGGGCUUCUGCGGCCGCCACAAA